AUGCCAGGCAUGGUUUCAACUAGUCAGCCCACACAGCAGUCUUUCAACCCCUACACUGAAAACGGAGGCACAAUCUUGGCUAUUGCUGGUGCUGACUUUAGUGUUAUCGCAGGCGACACUCGGCAGAGCGAGGGUUACAGCAUACAAACACGAUAUGCCCCAAAGGUCUUCCGUCUCACGGACAAGGCUGUACUGGCGGUCAAUGGGUUUGCUGCAGAUGGAAAUAUGUUUGUGAAGAAGGUUCGACAGCGUUUGGAGUGGUAUCGCCAUGCCCAUGCUAAGGACAUGCCGAUCCGAGCCAUUGCCAGACUUAUCCAGACAAUGCUUUAUGCCCGCCGUUUCUUCCCUUACUACGUCUACAACAUCCUCGGAGGUAUUGAAGAAGAUGGCACUGGUGCAGUUUACUCUUUUGAUCCCGUGGGCUCUUAUGAGCGUGAAGCCUGUCGCGCUGCCGGUGCGGCACAAUCUCUUGUGCAACCCUUCCUAGACAAUCAGAUCUACUUCAAGAACCAAACGCCUGCCCCGGGAACGUCAUUUCCCAAACAUUUGCCGCUAUCCACUGUGCUACCCCUCGUGAUUGACUCGUUCACAAGUGCAACGGAAAGGCACAUCGAGGUUGGCGAUGGCCUAGAAAUUUAUGUUGUCUUGGCCAAAGGUAGCACUUCCCUCCAGGGGAUCACGAGCAUCCGCGGGGUCCAGGAGCUAACGGCCACAAGCGAAGGCGAGAGAGUGUUUGUGAUCAGAAGGGACCUGAAGAAAGAUUGA